GCCCGGCGGGGCAGCGGCGGCGGACGGGGCAGGGCCGGGCCGGAGCCGCGCAGCGGCGGCAGCGCCAUGGGGCUGGAGACGGAGAAAGUGGACACCCGCAUCUUCAUGGACGACGACGACAACUUCCCGCCGAGCGGCGGCCCCGCGCUGUCGGACGCGGAGAAGUGCGCGGAGGACGAGCUGGACCGCGACCCUCACGGGCUGAACUCCCACCUGCAGCUGGGGUUCGAGGAUGUGAUCGCGGAGCCCGAGCUCACCCACUCCUUCGACAAGGUCUGGAUCUGCAGCCACGCUCUGUUUGAGCUCAGCAAGUACGUGAUCUACAAGGUCCUGACUCUGGUCCUCGCCAUACCGAUGGCCCUGGUUGUGGGGAUCGUCUUCGCGACUCUCAGCUGCCUGCACAUCUGGGUUGUGGUGCCUUUUGUGAAAACCUGUCUCAUGGUCCUGCCUUCAGUGCAAACUGUAUGGAAGAGCCUGACAGAUGUUUUUGUUGUACCAUUCUUUCAGAGCCUAGGCCGGUGCUUUGCCAUGGUUAACAUACGCCUGGACCAAGAGUAAACAUCUGAGAUGUGACACUGCUGUAGUUCUAGCUGGUGUUAUACUUCUUUGCUAACCUUACAUACAAGCACUUACCAUUCAUUCCAAACUGUUAAAUUACAAUGGCUGGUUUAAGUGGGAACAUGCUGUUUUUAUUAAAACUCAUUUAUUAUCAGGGAGAUCCAUUUAAGAAUUAGUAGGCAGUUUUCAUAGCUCACUAUUUUAACAACAGAGUGAUCAUGGAGUAUAUUGGCAACACUUUAUUUUAAUGGCAGGUUGAUUGGUAGAUUACAGGAGAAUUCUCAUGCAGGACUAAAAGUACCCACUGUGAUAAUGAGUGGUGUUCUUACUAUAAAUAAAUAAAUGAAUCGGCUGUGAUACCUUAGCCAAAACUGAUCUCUGGUGUUUCACACUGACUGCAGUAAGCAGUUCCACCAGGGAUCAUUUUUGGCCUCACUAUACAGAAUGAUAAACCCAGUCCUCUGUUAUCAGCAGUUAAAGUGAAUGUGACUCAUUGCAUAAACAUACAGGGAAAGGAGCUGUUGUGUAAUUCUCCUAUAUUGGGGGGGAGGAUGAGGGGGGAAAGGGGGAAGCUCCCUAGAAGUUUGUCCCUUAAAAUAAGGUGUUAGCUAAUGAUCUGUAACAUUAGCUAAUCUGUAUAUUUUAUUUAAUGAGAGAUUAACUUUGUUGUAUAUUUUGUACCUUUGUAAAUGACAGUUGAUCAGGUUUCUAUGAAGCAUAGCUUGAAUUCUAACCAACUUAUUAAGCAGCAAGAGUGAGACACUGCAAAAAUUAUUUUAGAUAACUAAAAUUUUUGUUUUCUAAAUUAAGUAGAUUUUGAGUGUUGCUGUGCAAUUCUAAUAUAUUAAUUAUAUAUAUGAUUGUGUGUAAAAGCAAAGAUUAUAAGUGUUUUUAUACACAAUUGUGCAAAAGACUUGGAAAUAUCUGUUUAUGAGAAAUGGUUUUUAUUAAAAAUUUGGUGUAAUAAAUGCUACCCUGCCUCUUUCUGUAUAUUAUUGGUGGGAACAUUGUGAUAUUUAAAGCGAUAGACAUUAUGCUAGCACUUUAACUAGGUAGCAAGCUCUUACAGAAGGCAAAUGAGGGUACUUGGUAUCCUUGUCUAAUUCUCCUAACUAUUGACUUGACUCUCUGUGUUGCUUAUUUACUAUUUCAAAGCCUUACCCCUGAAAAGGACAUUUUUUCUUUCUGCAUAUCUAAUAUGACUUUUUAAACCAGAAUAACAGAAAAUGUGCAGAGGUACAUUAAAAUUAAAUUAGCCUUCUGGUGGGCUUAUGCUGCUGUUUUAUUUAAAUGCGGAUGGUAAGUUGCAACUGUAAAAUGUUUGUAUGAUUUAGAAUGUUAUUUUCUAAAAUGUCUCAAAUUUCUUAUCAAACAAGAUGUAUCUAAUAAAAUAACAAAAUGUCCGCUGUUUCCUAUUUUCAACUUCAUUUCUUUUCAGAUUUUUCAGUAUUUAAACAAACCCUUUAAAUGCCAAACACCAUAGAAUAUUGUGCAGUUCUUCCAAAAUAUCCGAGAGGUAAGGAAAUGGAUGAGUAUCAAUAUAGUUCCCCUAUUAUUAACUGCAUUUAAUGUAUUUAUAGUAGAAAAUGACAUAUCUCUGUGUGCAACUAAGCCCAUACAGAAUGAUUGCUAUCUCUGCAGAAUUUCAGCAACAUUCAAAAUAAUGCUUAAUUGUUUUUUCAGGCUCACACUUUCUUUAUAGAUGAGCUGCAGAAUUUUCCUUUUCUUGUCUGUUGGCCUAUUAAAGCUAGCUGGAUAUUCUUUGUAUAUUAAGAACAUCUUUGUAUAUUAAAAGUAUUUUUAGCAUUUGUGCCAUUUAGAAAGGGAUUCACAUGGCUUUAAGAAACUGGAUCUUAAUGUGAGUGCCUAUGGAAACUGCUCUUGUUCUUCUUCAUUCUGCAAUAAGCUAGCUUGUUUUUCAAAUGUGUUCUUCAAAAUACCUUUCUUGUGUUAAAAAUGGAAAUAGCUCUUUUGAAAAUAAAAAUUGGCCAGGCUAGGCUUGAA